AUGGCGCCGCCGCGUCCGGGCACCAUGCUGCAGAACUGCUCGAACUGCAAGAUGACGCUGGGCUCGCGCGAGGCGACGGUCGCCGCGGGGCAGGGGGGCCGCUGCCGGCGGUGCCAGGAGGCGUUCAAGAACGACCAGUACUGCCCGAUGUGCCACGCCGUCUGGAUGGACGAGGACGGCCCGCCCAUGGCCUGCUGCGACGGCUGCAACCUAUGGGUGCACGAGUAUUGCGACCAAGCCGCGGCCACGCUGGUGAACGGCCCGUCGCCGGACGAGCACCCGUACUGCUGCCCGCUGUGCAAACUCGACGCGAAAACGGAGCCGGGGCGGUACAAGGCGGCCGUGGCGGCGGCCGCGGCGGCCGCGAAGAGCGGGCCGGACUCGCGGAAGCCCGGCGCGGCCGCGGACGUGCAGUCGGCGUCCCCGCUGACGUUGUUUCUGGACGACGUGCAACAGUACCCGGAGCUGGCCAACGGGAAGCCGCCGCACCUCGCGUGGCGCGACAUCGACCUCGGGAACCGCAUGGCGUACCUGCGGCGGUUCCACGAGAAGCAGGUGGCGUACGCGGAGGCGCUGUACGGCCCGGCGUUCCUGGCGGGCGACGCAGAGGCCAAGCGGCAGGCGCUGGGCGAGGGGCCGGGGGCGAUGUCGGCGCUGCGCGUGAUCCCGGGGCAGAACCCGCUCGCGCAGUUCCAGCAGGAGAUCCCCGUGGAGUGCAAGGCGAUCCACGGCACGUUUUUCCUCGGCAACCAGACGGUGCGGUGCGAGGCCGUGUGCUGCGCGGGGCGCGCGCCGGAGGACCGCACGUUCUCCGCGACGAAGUGGGAGCAGCACGCGGGCCAGAUGAACAGCAAGAAGUGGAAGGCGUCGAUCAAGAUCCGCCAGGGCGGCGUCCCCGAGGCGAAGAGCGCCUCCAUGUGCAUCGGGCGCUGGCUCGACAAAGUCGGCGCGGCGCCGUACAUCGCGACGCGCAAGGGCGCGUCCGGCAAGGCGCCGCCGCCGAUCCGGUACACGGCCGACGGGCGCAUCGCGGGGCGCCGCGGCCGCCCGCCGAACCCGUUCAAGGUGCGGGAGGUGGUCGAUCCGGUGCUCAAGGCGAAGCCGUGGCUGGCGGUGACGUACGGGCCGCGCAAGGGGUACAAGCCGAUCAAGGCGAAGUACGCGGGCGACCGGUGCUGCGCGUGCGACAGCGACGUGGACUACGACACGGAUUGCCUGCUGACGUGCGGGCAGUGUGGGAUCGCCGUGCACCAGUCCUGCUACGGCGUGCCGAACAUGCCGCCGAAGGGGGAGAUCUGGGUGUGCCGCGUGUGCGAGGAGUUCGGCGGGCCCGCGCGCGGGCGGUACGAGGCGCAGUGCUGCCUGUGUCCCGUGGAGGGCGGGGCGCGCAAGCCCACGACGAUCGAGGGGCUGUGGUGCCACGCGACGUGCCUGCAGUGGGUCCCCGAGGUCUCCGUGAAGGACGUCGUCAACAUGGAGCCCGUGCGGAACAUCGAGGGCAUCCAGCGCGAGCGCUGGGACAUGAAGUGUUCCCUCUGCAAACAAACCAUGGGCGUCAAGAUCCAGUGCCACUGCUGCUUCACCGCCUUCCACCCGCUCUGCGCGCGCAUGGCCGGGCUGCGCAUGGAGGUGCAGGAGGACCCCGACGACCCGCUCUGCAGCAUCAAGCUCGUGGCCUUCUGCGCGCGGCACUGCCGGCCCGACAUGGAGCGGACGGGGAUCCGGCCGUUGGAGCGCGACGGCAACGGGUCCAGCGACGACGACGUGAGCGACGACGAGGGCUUCGAGGACCCCGCGCAACCGUACAAGCAGCCGCGGUGCAUGCCGCUGCCGGAGCUGGAGAGCUGCGCGCGGACGACGGACGUCACGCGCGACUGGGAGCGCAACCAGCACGGGACGGGCACGGGCGCGACGUCGAACUGGGGGUUCUGGAUGCCCGCGCCGCCGCAGUACCUCGGGUCCACCGGCACGGCCGACGCGGUGCGCACCGCGGCCGCGGCGGGGGCGGCGCUGGCGCGACGCGAGGCGCAGCGCGCGGGCGCGCAGGGCAAGGCCGGGAAGCAGGUCCCGGGCGCCAAGAAGGGCCCCGCGGAUCCAGGGCCGCUCAAGGAGCUGCCGGAGGGGAUGCCGGAGGAGCUGAGGAUCGUGUGCAACGGCAAGUCCGGGGUGAUGCACAUGCGGACGCAGAAGGUGCAGUACAAUGGGCAGGAGCUGACGGCGUCGCGGUUCGAGCACCUGUCGGGGCGCGGGGACGCGAAGAAGUGGAAGAUCUCCAUCUGCGUCGAGCUCGACGACGGCGAGGCCGGCGAGACCAUGCAGGAGUUCUUCGAGCGGUUCGAGUGGGACCGGGCCACCAUGAUUGAGUACGCCCAGAACUGGCAAAUGAAGGAGGAAUGGAACACGCACGUGGCAUGCGAGGUGCGCGAGAUCAUGGACGGCAUCCUCGACCGCAUGGGCCUCUCGGACGACCCCGGAAAGCCGCAGUGGGGCGAGCCGGCCCCUGGGAACGAGGCGCCCCCCGCGGAGCAGCAGCAGGGCGGCGGCGCUGCGGCGGACGAGCCUGCGCGCGCGGCGGACGGCGCCGCGGCGCCGCGGCCGCCCACGCCGCUGCUGUGCCAGGAGGAGGCGAACGUCGCCGAGCUGCUGGCGCGGAGCCGGUCGCCCGAGCACGCUGCGCACAUUUCCGACGCCGCUGCGCGGCUGGUGGCGGAGCACGCCGCGCAGCAGCUUGCGGAGGCCGGCGCAGCGCUCGGGGCGGCGGCUGCGCGUCCGCCGUCUGCGGCGCCGGCCGAGGGCGACGCACCGGCGGCGGCGGCCGCCGCGGACGCCGCGGCGAGACAGGUGCAAGCAGCGGGCAUUGGUGGCGCGAACGGGGACGCGCGUGGCGGCGCGGAGGCCGCGCGGACGUCGCCGGUGAAGCGCGAGGACGACGGGCCGGCCGCGAAGGGCAGUCCGUCGCACUCCGGGAGCCUGCAGGAGCUCGUUGGCGCACUGGAACAGAUUGUUGACGAGCGGCAGCCUGGGGCCGCGGGGCGGACGAAGCGCCGGCGCUCGGCGGCGAACUCGCCCGCGCACGCGCAGUCCGAGCCGCCGCACCGCCCGAGCAGCGCGUUCCAGCGCCCGCCCUCGCGCCUGGGGCAGCCGAACCCGCCGCCAAGCGCUGCGGGGGCCAUCGCCGUGGCGGGCAACGGCGGCGGCUCGGCGCUGCAGAACGGGAACGCGACGACCGUGCCGGGGCACCUGAACCCCGAGGUGCUGCCAGGCGUGGAGGGCAUUCUGCGCACGGCGACGCCGGGAGGUGCGCCAGAGUUCCUGCGGGCCGCAACGCCGGCGGGCUUCCUGGAGGGCCUCCUCACGGGGCGGGCGAGCCCGGGCUUCUCGGAGUUGAUGGGCAUGCGCGACACGCCCGGGCUGUCGGACGUGGACAUCAGCGCGCUGCUGCGGAACACUCCCGGCCUGCCGGACUCGCUCGAGGGCGGCCACCUCCACGGGUCGCACGGGCACCUCCUGGGCCUGCGGUCCGCGACGCCCAUGUCCGGGCUGGGCACGCUCGGCGGCCCGAGCGCCCCGAGCGCGCUGACCGACGCCGCGAUGCUCGCGGCGAACCCCAACGCCGCGGUGCGCUGCACGGGACAACUGUACAUCCACGAGGCAGGCGUGUGGCAGGCGAUCUCGGUGGCGUCGUACGACGCGACGACGGGCCGGCACCGCGUGUCGGUGCUGGGCGAGCUGAAGUCCCCCUCAAUACCCCUCCAAUUCGACGAGGACCUCCCCGGGGCGCUGCACCAGGGCCGGCUCGUGCUGCAGCCGCAGGCGGUGGCGCGGCCGCCGGAGCCGGCGGCCACCGCGGAGCGCGCGCGGAAGCUGUACGGUCCCGAGGUCGUGGGCCGCAAGGUGCGCAUUUGGUGGGACGGCGACGCGUGUUACUACCCCGCCAGCAUCAUCGGCUUCAACGGCGGGACGGGGCAGCACCGGCUGCUGUACGAGGACGGGGAGAUCAUCGACGAGGUGCUGAACGAGCACCGGCUCGACUGGGUCACGAAGGACGCGCCGCGGACGGUGCGCGUGCUGUGCGGCGGCGUGCGCGGCGUCAUGGACGUGGCGCGCAGCGUGAUCGCGAUCCCGGCGCAGGGCAACCGCGAGGUGUCGCCCACGGAGUUCGAGAAGCUCGCGGGGAAGGAGUCGAGCAAGAAGUGGAAGGCGACGAUCCGCGUGGAGCGCGCGGACGGCAGCACGGGCGAGACCAUCGGCGACUGGAUGGUCAACCACGGCCUCGACGUGCCGAAGACGCGGCCCGUGGCGCCCGCGACGACGAAGAGCUCGAAGAAGAGCAACCGCCAGAGCAAGGGCCGCGGCGGCGGCCCGGGCCGCCACAAGGAGGGCUGCCUGUGCAUCAUCUGCAAACAGGCGCGCAACUCCGGGAAGCCGUGGUCGGGGCUGGGCGAGGAGGAGGAGCGGCGCGCGGCGGAGGAGGCCGCGCGCGCGCAGGCCGCGCAGGAGGAGCAGGACGCGGUCGAGCGCGGGAUGCGGUGGCUCAAGGACAAGGGUCCGCGCGAGCGCUACGGCAAGCGCGCGUUCGUGCGCGCGACGGGGAUGCACGUCGGCGGCGCGCGGCCGCACGCGUGGGCCGACGUGAACACCAUCGCGGUCGCGUCGUACUCGCCGGAGGAGUGGAAGGAGCGCCGCGAGCAAAAGAGCCGGCAGAAGCUCGAAGAAGAGGAGGCGGCGAAGCGGCAGGCGGACCAGGAGGCCAAGGCGCGGGCGGCGGCGGCGGAGGCGGCGCGGGCGGCGCAGCAGGCCGCGGGGACGGCACUGGGCGGCAUGGGCUUCGCGCUGGCCGGCGUGAGCGUGCCGGUGUUGGGCGCGGACGGCAAAACGUACCACGUGCCGCUGGGGGCGGCGGUGCCGACGAUGGGGCCGGACCAGGGCGCAGGGGAAGGAAAGGAGGCGAAGGACGGCGCGGGAUCGCCGGAGAAGGGCGAGCCCAUGGAUGUGGACAAGCCCACCGUGGGCGCGGGCGUAAGCGGCACGCCGGCGGCGGCUGUGCGGCCGCUGGCCAGCGCUGCCGCGGUGCUUGCGGCCGCGAAGUCCUCGCCCGGCGCGGCCGCCGCGGUCUCCGCGAAGUCGUCUCCCGCAGCGCUCGCUGCAGCCGGGACAGCGCCGGAGGCCGGCGUUGCGCAGGCGGAGGGCGCGGACGGUGGAGCGGCGGCGGCGGCGGCGGAGGCGAGCAAGCCGGACGCGCAGCUGCCGCCGCCGGCGGGGCGCGGGCCGGGCGCGGCGAACAUCAAGUCGAUGGAGCAGCGGCUCGCGGAGUGCCACGACGUCGAGCAGGACCGCAUCACUUUUGGCAAGUCGGGCAUCCACGGAUGGGGCCUGCUGGCCAAGGUCAACAUGAGCCAGGACACGAUGAUCACGGAGUACCGCGGGGACUGCAUCCGGCUGUCGAUCGCGAACCAGCGCGAGGAGGCGUACCGGAGCGCUGGGAAGGAUUGCUACCUGUUCGCGGCGAACGAGGAGUGCGUGAUCGACGCGACGACGGAGGGGCACAUGGCGCGUUUCAUCAACCACUCGUGCGCGCCGUCGCUGUACGCCAAGGUCGUUGAUGCCGACGGCACGCCGCACCUGGUGUUCUUCGCGCGCACCGACGUCAAGGCGGGGCAGGAGCUGACGUUCAACUACCGGUUCUCGGAGGAGGAGACGGAGAAGAAGGUGCCGUGCGACUGCGGGGCGCCCAAUUGCAUCGGGUUCCUAAAUUAG